AUGCGGCGAUACAUCAUCGAAGCGAAAUGCACGGAUAAUACAUUGUUCGCCGGUGCAGCAGCGUUUGGAACCGUCGUUCUCGUACUUCAAUCGUUCCCAAUUUUCAUGAACAAUUGGGUUUUUCUAACUGAGCCGCGUCCGAUCAACAAAACCAACGAAAACGGAGAACAAAUUGAAGGCACAUUUCACUACAAUGUUGGCUACUUUCAAGUGUGUCGAAUGUAUAUAAACAACCAGAGCGGUAUCCUUUACAGCGAGUAUGAGAUUUCAAGUACGUCCACGAAGAAUACGCCAGGCUUA